ACAGAACACUAAUUCUAGUAUCGGUGUUGGUAUUGGAAGUUCUCGAUAGUACUGUGAAGCUGAAACGUUUUGAUUUUUUUUCCCUUUGCUGUUUAAUCUAAGUCUUUGAUCAUGCCGGUUGAUUUAUCAAUGGAUAUUGCCGCUAAUGAUGAAGAAUCCAAUGGUUUUGAUGAAAGAUCUUCAUUAAGAGUCUCCUUAAUCGGUAAUAAAGACUUAAAGUAUAAGAUUUUAAGGGACGCUGAACAACUUAGUAUCCUAGUCAAUGAUUUUGACCAAUUGACUGCAAAAAUCAUUGCUAAAAGUUCGGAAGAGUUGGUUGAAGCUGAUACGUUGAUUAGUGACCUAGAAACAAGUUUGGUUAUAUUGAAAAUAUUGAUAACGUUUAUAUCGGAAAUCAAAUUCAGUGAAAAAUUCGAAUUAGAACCAAACUUGAAAAAAUUUAACCAAUUAAUAAGUCCAAUUAAUAAAAUAUUGAAAUAUUAUAUGAAAGUUUUAUUACCCUUGGUUUAUUAUACAUCAGUUGAUUUGGUUCAGAAAUUUGAAAGUAUUGUUCGAUUUAGUUUGGAGAUUUUCAUUAGUUUAAACAAUCUUCAACAUUUCAAUUUACAUUUUGAUGAUGAAUCGGGUUUAAAUGAUUUAUGGAAAUUUGUUACUUCUUUGCUUAUUUUAACUGAUGGGAGUCUUUCGGCCGACCAAAAUGAUUUCAAUCCAAUCAUAUCUUCAAAUUUGUUAUCUUGUCUGUUGAAAUUAGUUCCUUUAUUAUUAUCAAAGUCAGCAGAAAAUCCCCAUACUAAUCGAUUAAUGAUUGGUUUAUUAUCAGUUUUAUUGAAAAGAUUAGAAAAUGAAUGUGACUUGAUUUGUAAAUUUCAUUUACCAAACUUAACUAAUAAUGAAUUUGAUUUUUUUUUGAAAGAUUUAACUUUUAAAAAUUCGAAAUUACCAAAUAUUGAACCUAAUUAUGAUUUUUUCAAUUCAAAAAUAAAUUUGUCUUUAUUAAUUGAUUUGAUAACUUCAAUUGGUCAAAUAUUUAGUCAAUUUAAUGAUUCAAAUGAUCAUUUGAUUAUGAUUAUUCCAAAUACUUUUAAUAAUAAUUCAAAAUCUCCCACCAUAAUAUUAUCAAAUAAGAUAUAUUUCACUUUAUUAUUAUUAUUAAAAUUUGAUAAUAAAUAUUUAAAUUUAGUUUCCUUAAAUUUAAUCCAUUUUUAUCUUAAUAAUUUUUUAAAAUUUAAUGAACCAACUAAAGAAAUUAAACAUGAAAUCAUAAAAAAUUAUAGAAAAAUAUUACCAAGAAUAAUAGAUUUAUUAGAUUAUGAAUUUAUAAAUUGUCAAAAUGAAUUAAAAUAUUAUAAUCGAUUAACAAUUCCCAAAUUUUUGAAAAGCCCAAUAAAAAUUUUAACGAUAUUAACAAAAGGCUUUAAAUUCAUAAAAGAUGAAAUUAGAAGAUGUAAUGUGGAUUAUAAAAUAUUAAAUAAUUUGGGGAUUUUAGUUAAAAGUGAUUCGUCUUUAGAAAAUAUGUAUCUUUUGAAAAAAUUAAGUGAAAAUGGUAAAAAAAUGGUUAAUUUCACUUUGUUAAUUGAUCUAGAGAAUAAUCAAAAAAAUUUGAAUAAUAAUAUAAAAAACUUGAGUGAUUAUUUAUUACUUUUAAGUAUUUAUGUUAGUGAAGAUGAAGAAUACCGUCAUCGAAUAGUUGAUUAUCAAUUUCAAUCAGGCCCAAAAAAUUUGUUAGCCCAAUUAACUUUUGAAUUGAUUGAUAAUUACCGAUUUUUAUUGAUUCAAAUCCAAAUUGUUUAUAAUAUACUUUAUAAUAAAAAUGGGUCCUUGAAAAUUAAAAAUGAAAAUGAUUUAAAUUGGUUUGGGAAAAAUUUAGGAAUCAUCUUUACUAUAAUAAAUCAUGAAUUUUAUUAUAGUAUAUUUCAUUUAAUAAGAUCAUUAUCCAGAUCCGUGUCAACGUUAAGAACUUUUUUCGUUGAAUGUAAUUCAUUUGCAAGUAUAUUGGAUUUAUCUAAUUUUUCGAAUAUUACAACCACAAAUCUUACUUUAAAUGAAAAUCAUAAAUAUGUUAGAGAAGGGUAUCCCACAAGUGGAAGUUUUAUUAGUAGCAUAUUACAUAUAUUAAAAAUUAAUGAAGAAAGUGAAAAAGUGAUGAAAUUUUUCAUCAAAGAUGAAUUACAAGAUUUGAAUAAUAACUUCAAAAUUAAUAAUUCAACUAAUAAGUUAUUAAUUUUAGGAUCAAUUGCAAAUUUUGUUUUAGAAUUUGGAUCUUUCAGAUAUGACGUUGUCAAUGAUGAAAAUUUUUUGAAAAAUUUAAAUCUGAUUUAUGAAAAUUCACUUCAACCAAGUAAAAAUUAUGCUGAUUAUUAUUAUAAUCAAUAUAUUCAAUUAACUAUAUUUCAAAUAUUGAAAAAUUAUUCGUAUAAUGAAAAUGAAGAGAAUAAAAUGGAAUUGCUUUCAUCGAUUUCAAUAAAUGCAAUAUUUGAAAAAUCGUUAUACGGACUUCAUAAUGAAAUCAAUGAAUUCGAGGAGGAAAAUCAAGAGGAAGUGGUUAGCAUAAAGAUUAAAACCAAGAUAUUAUCAUUUGAUAUUUUCCGAAAUUUAACUGCUGGUUCGUUACAUUUCAGCGAACAAUUGAAUAAGUUCUAUCAAGAAUAUUAUAUGACAAACAAACCAGAAUACGAGUUCAAUAACCCGAUUCCAUCUACUUGGGAAAACUAUUUAAUCCAGAAUAUUUUAAAUUUCGAACUUUUCACUGAGUAUAAUGAAAGCAAUGAAGGUAAACUUGACAAAUUUUUGAAUGAUGACGAAUUGUUGGUAAAAUUGCUAUUAAACGAAGAAUACGUCAAGUUCAUCACCUCAAUCAAUUACAUUGAAGACCAUUGCUAUACAAAUAUAUCCAACUUCAAUGAAGAAACCUUCCCGCUGAAAGAACUCAUGAAGAUUUGGAAGAGAUUUAUAACUUUGAGAAUCGAUAAAUCAAUCGAAAGAAGAUUAAUUAAAAAUGAUUUAAACUUAAAGAUUGAAUUAAAUAAUAACUUGAAUGAAAUUAGAUUAUCGAUUAGCUGGAUAAUCAUUAAUUUAACUUAUCAAAAUGAAGAAUUUGGUAUCAAUUACCCUGACAGUAACAAUUAUAAGUUAUACGAUAUGAUUAAAACCGGUUCACAAUCGGAACGGUUAUCUAGUGGGAAAUACGGAAUAGUAAUUGAAGACAGCGAUGAAGAUGAUACUCCCAAACCUGAAUCUAACCAAGACUUGUUGAAUGCAGAAACAAGAGCUAAAAUCUUAUACGAAGAAGGUUUUGUUCAAGCAUUGAACAAUUUAUACUUUGAAUUAUCAAGUACCAAAUCAGAAGAAAUCAAACGAUUUGAUAGUAUUAAUAGUAAUUCACUAUUAGAAAAAAUCAAAUCAGCAAUUCUACAAAUCAUAUCUUUAGUAGAUGUUGAUUUGAAUCAAUUACAAGAUAGUAUUCCUCAAGGAGAAGACCGACAGAAAAAACGCAGAAGAAGUAGUAACAUCAUCACUUCAAGAGGAAGAAGAGUCAGUCAUAAUCCAGAAUCGGCCUUGCCCAUCAUCUACUCGGGCACAUUAUCUAGAACAAGAUACGAGUUAAACCGAGGUGGCGAAGGGUUUGGAUACGGGUCGGACGAAGAGUACUUGGACGCGCAAGACCAACCCCAGGAUCAACCAACAGCCAGUUCCAGUGCCAGUGAGAGCACCAGCCCCAGUGCUAGCCCUAGCGAGAGCGACGCUAGCUCCAGUGAAAUCGAAGACGACUACUGGGUCAGAUGAGCUAAUCGAUCACCCUUCGACAAUAGUCUGAUGACUAAGUCACUUGAUCUCAGAAAUAGUUAAAUCGAUCAUCUACCUGAGAUGUUCGGUUAAAAGUGCAUACAAAAUAUUUCAUCACCGGAAUAAUUCAACAAUAAAACAACACCUGCCAAAAGAAAAGCGUUCCUUAGUGAACCAAUCGGAUUCUCACCGCAUCUUGACGACCCUCCUCUAUGCAUCUUGAUAAACGAUGGCUUAUUUCUAACCGACUCUACACCAAAUAAUCCAAACAAUAUUUCUUUCCUUAUUAUCGACCGUUUUUUUGGGUUACGUCACCCCUACAUUCCUGUCUCCUCGCUCCAUUGCACUUCUCUUCCUCCAUAGCAUAUAGUAAUACCACUCGUACCCUUCCUCUCCCUGUCCGUACUGCUCUGGUCCCUAUUUCUCCUUGA